AUGUUGUGCAUGGAAGACGGAAGUAUUCAACACAUAAUUAAAUGUGCCAACGACCCAAUGUUAGUUCAGAAAGCGUGUCAAGAUCAUAUAAAUUCAAUAUUUCACUACUCCGAUACUUACGACUUGAUUAUAUCAAUGAAAUGUGGAGGACCACUGCCAAACAUCACAAAUGUUUCCAAAAUACAGAUAAAGGAUGAAACUGUAGAUCCACAAUUUUUAAAAAACGUUUUGACUACAUAUUCCGACCAUCACAGCCUAAUUGUCCAUUCGAAAAUUGUUGGAGAUCUACCGAAAAAUUCUCCAUUUUUUCAAGUUCAAAACGUUGUUGCAGAUCGAUCCGGACCGGAUUACUUUCACAAUUUCGUCGGUAGAAAAAUGUUUUUGACACUCGCUACCGUAACUGAACAAGAUCUCAUUCCAUUUCUUCAAAAAUGGAUUUCAAACGAAGCUUAUCAUAAUCUGGAGACUUUAUACAUUAUUACACGGAAAAGAAUAAAUGUAGACCUGAUACGUCAGUCGAUAGAAUUUGAGGAAUACGAUCCGAAUGAACCAGAAAAGAGACCAGCUCAAUACGUUAUUGAAAUACCGUAUGUUGGUCCAAUCUCCAGAGUGUAUCAUCUUGGUCAUGAGUUUGUUGAAAUUAAACGAAUCACAGACGGGAAAAGAGCGUUCCUUUCUGUUGGUGUUUCCUAUUUCAGAUUUUUUGUUCACAAAAAUUGA